GCCCGCGCAGAUCCAGAGCGCGGCCGCGGACGAAGAUGGCGACCGCCAUGUACUUGGAGCACUACCUGGACAGUAUCGAGAACCUUCCUUGUGAACUUCAGAGGAAUUUCCAGCUGAUGCGAGAGCUGGACCAGAGGACAGAAGAUAAGAAAGCGGAGAUCGACCUCCUGGCCGCGGAGUACAUCUCCACGGUGAAGAGCCUGUCCGCAGAGCAGCGGGUGCAGCACCUGCAGAAGAUCCAGAGCGCCUACAGCAAGUGCAAGGAGUACAGCGACGACAAGGUGCAGCUGGCCAUGCAGACCUACGAGAUGGUGGACAAGCACAUCCGGAGGCUCGACGCGGACCUGGCACGCUUCGAAGCAGACCUGAAGGACAAGCUGGAGGGCAGCGACUUUGAGGGCUCCGGAGGACGCGGGCUAAAAAAGGGUCGGAGCCAGAAGGAGAAGAGGGGCUCCCGGGGCCGAGGCCGGAGGGCCUCAGAGGAGGACACUCCGAAGAAGAAGAAGCACAAAGGAGGGUCGGAGUUCAGCGACACCGUCCUGUCUGUGCACCCCUCCGACGUGCUGGACAUGCCCGUGGACCCCAACGAGCCCACCUACUGCCUCUGCCACCAGGUGUCCUACGGGGAGAUGAUCGGCUGCGACAACCCGGACUGUCCGAUUGAGUGGUUCCAUUUCGCCUGCGUGGACCUGACCACGAAGCCCAAAGGAAAAUGGUUCUGUCCGCGGUGUGUCCAGGAGAGGAGGAAGAAGAAGUAAGGCAGAGGCUGGCGCUGGGGACAGAGGAGCGAGUUGAUACACUCCGUCAUUCACGUUGCAAUAUUUUAUCUUCAUCUUAAAACUACCUUGUUUCCAAUGAUAUUUAAUAACUCAAUGGCCAGUUGUAAUUCUGGAUAUUUCCUAAAACCAACGAGAACCCCCGAGCCCUGUUUGCACAGCGGAGGGGUCUUACGGGGACUUGCCACAGGAUUCGGUCCUCAUGACUCUGUACAGGCCCUGGCACUGAGCACCGCAGUCCCACAGGGAGCCCGAGCGCCUCCGUAGGUGAGCGCGUGCGGCGUGCUGGGUGCCGCGGGACGUGCCCGCCGGGAGCAGACGCUGCCGUCCCUGUGCAGCUAGAGGCGUGAGCCUUGCGUGGUCCGCUGUCUGGGGGGGCCCCCCGAGAGCCCCCGUGUGCACGUCGUCCAUGCUGGGUGCACACGAGUGUGGUCUGGCGGGCGUUGCUGGAAGGCGCCCUCCUGGCGCACGUGCACACACUGGCAGCUGCGGGGCAGCGGAUGCCUCGCCCAGCGGCCCCGCGUGGUGUGCGCUGCCCUUCCCUGCGCUGCCGGUCCCUCCUGAGGCUCUGCUCUCUGGAGGGAACGCUCUGGAUGGCAGGCGGGUCGUCGGUUUCCACGGCCAGUGCAGAUGAGGGACAGCGUCCCAGACUGGCUGAUGCUCUGUUUCUCUGGGAAUUCCGAACGUUUUUACUGUGAAGAUGAAGUAACUGUAGUCGCAUGAAGACAUGGGUCUGUGUGUGAAGUGAGUCGUCUACUAAGAGCCGAUUUUGACCCUGUUUCUGUUCUCCCUGGUCAGCAGCUUGUCCCAGGGACUACGAUUAUGUGAUGUGAUUUGUGAAUUUCUUGUGCCACAAUAGCAGUUCUGGAAUGAAGUUAGGAAACUAGUGUGUACUUUCUCUUCACUCAGCAUUCACCAAACCAGUUUUGAACUGCCCUUCGGGUCCUAGCUGGGGACGUCGUGUACCUUUGGUGUUCUGAGAGCCACUCGUGAGGGUCCCUGGACUCUCCGGGACCUGCCCCGCGUAACUCAGCCCAGUCAGGGGUCCUCUUGCCAGAAAACAACCCCAGGAGGUAGAAUCGAGGUGUGAAACGCCCAGCAUCAGAAGACUCGUCUUGUCAAGAGGGUCCUGGAGGGGCCCACUGCCCCCUCCCAUGGCCUUGUUCCCAGGGCCUCUCCCAGCCCCCAGCAUUUCACCAAGGAGAGGGGAUAGGGCAGCGGAACCGGCAAAGCUGCAUCCUAGACCGGCCGCUCCCUGCAAGCGAGUCAAUAUUCGGCCAGUGGGAGAAACUGUGAGAGGGCAGCCGGGGUCCAGCUGGAACCUGCGAUCCUCAGUGGCCUCAGCCUGCACGGGACGUGUCCGGACUGCUGACUUCUCCGGAGUGACCUCAGGGAGCAGGACUUGCUUCCCAGUGACUGCGGGCGGGUCACCUCAGCCUGCGUGACCCUUCCAGCCUCGGGCUGGCGGUCAGGGGAGGGGUCGGCAGCCGCCCUACGCUCUCUCGGAACUGAAGCCCCCCUGCCGCUCAGGAGGGGGUGGGUGCACAGGCAUGUGAGGCCGCCUGUGUUUAGUGCCUGAGCUUCACGUGACGGGCGUUUCAAGAUUGUGGGGAGUCAGUUGGGGCUGUUUUUUCUUCACCCCUUUACCGGUGUCUGUGGAGAGGACAGGUAAGAACAGUAAGCCUGUGAGGAUGCUCUAGAAGCUCAUUUAAUAUUUGCACUUCAUCUCUGAACACGCCUGCUGUUGCCGUGGGAACACAGUGUUUGUGGAUGCAGGUUGACACGCGCUGGUUCUGAUUGUCACCUGGUUUCCUGAGGCCGGCUUGCUUCCCAGGAAAGUCCGCCGACUCCUGUCUUAGGCUUUUCUUUCAAGUUCGACCUUGUCACCCUGCGUCACUGUGUAGCGUCCCACGUGACGCCCUUUUUAAAAUUUCUGUGCUUAUCAGUCUCGUGUUUACUCUCGCCAGUUACGAUAGUAUCACCAAAAUAAUGUGCAGACAGCUCUGACGAGAGUGGGGAGCGUGAGCCUGAGAGGAAGGUGCCCUGGGGCGUCGUGGGAUGGCGACCGGGCCGGGCGCCGUUCCUGGCUGUCAGCACCGUCUGGGUCGGGAAGGCGCCCGAGCGGCUGGCUGGCUGGGAAGGACGCCAUGCCACCUGGCCCGGCUCUGGUCCUGGGGGGACGGUGGGAGCACCACACAGCUCUGCUCCCCACGGCCUGGCCACCCUCGUCCUGGGGGUGAGAUUCUGCCCAGGCCCCGUCCUGUGCCUGCGGGCCCCACCUCUGGCCUUGGGCUUGGCCGACCUGGGCUGGCUCCACAGGUGAGGGUGUGGCUGGGAGGUGACUGGGGAGGGAAGCAGGAUCUUGUUCAGAGGAGAAGCAGAACCAUUUUCCUUGCUCUCAGUGCUGUGUUCUCAGCUAGCAAUUUGAGAGACCUCGUUCUCCGACAGGACGCACCUGCACUAACACUUUGUUAAGCUGAGCGCCCCCGCGUCUCUGGCUGGGCUGGUGGAGCUGUUGGCUGGGCUGCAGCCUGAGUGACUGUCCCCACAGUGCAGGCCAGGCGUCCGGGCAGGUGGACAGGAGACCGGCACUGGCCAGGGUCCCAGGAGCCGGGGGGCAGGUUUGCUGGGAUGCUCGGAGCCAGCCAAGUGUCAGUGCGGAUCCAGACGGCCACGCGGCGCCGUCUCCGGCCCUGUCCCUGGCGGCCCUCGGCAGGGGCUGCCUCGAGCAAUAACGCAUCCACGUGCCACAGCCAGGGCCUGCGCCGUCACCGGAUCUCGGCGCUUCUCGUGGGCAUUGCAGAGCUAAGGUGUCCUCGGUGUUGAGUGAACAGCGAUCGCUUGUCAUUGCUUGCGCUGACGGUGUUUCAAACAGGAAGUCUAAAAAACGCGCUCGUUCAGGAGACGGUCCUAUGAAGUGUCUCUUCCUACGUAUGUGUUUUGUGGUGUUCACGUUUACCACAUUUCAUCCAAAAAGGUGAAGCAGCUUUAACAUGAAUGUUACAUUUUAUUUCCAAGGAAUUAUCUAUGUUUCCUUUGUAAAGGAAAGAUAAU